AUGGUAUGUAUAAAUGCACAUUCAGAUGGGAGUGGCCAAGAAGCGCAAACGGACCAAACAGAACCGUUGGAUUUAUCAAUAUCAAAAGUGAAAGAGAAAGGAGAUGGAUCACAAGGCUUAUCAAUGGAAAGAGAGGAUGAAGAAGAGAUUGGAUUGCAAGUGUUUCAAACAAAACCCCUAGAUUUAUCAGCUCCAAGAAUGGAAAAGGAAGGAGAUGAAUCGCAAGGCUUAUCAGUGGAGGGAGUGAGUGAUAAACGAAUUGAAUCGCGGCGUCAGCUCGUUCCAAUCGAAACACUGGUGGAAGUAGUAGAACUAUCGAAGCAAGAAGAAAAGACCAGAAAGAAGCACCUUUGCAAUAUGUGUGGGAAGGAAGUAAUAAAUAUGAAAGAACAUAUGAUGACCCAUACCGGUAAGAAGCUGUACAGUUGUCCCACAUGCGGAAAGGAUUUCGCUCGCUCCAAUAGUAUGAAAAGGCAUAUGAUUGUUCAUACCGGUGAGAAACGGCACAGCUGCCCGAUAUGCAAAAUGAAUUUCACUCAGUCCAUCAGUAUGAAAAAACAUAUGAUAAUUCAUACUGGUGAGAAACCGUACAGUUGUCCGGUAUGCAGAAAAAGUUUCGUACGAAAACACAGUUUGCAGUCUCACAUGGCAACUCAUGACAAGAAUAGACCUAUCCAUAACUGCACUGUAUGCAGUAAAGGUUUUUAUAGUAAAUACCGUUUGAAAUCGCACAUGCACAGUCAUUAA